UUGAACGCUAACACACCUACAGUAGUCUGUGGAGGUCUUGGUGAUAACGUGUGGGAGCUGUAUAUAUUAAUCCAGUUUAGCAAUCGGAACAAGAACAGUCAAAUAUGGCUGACCAACUGACCGAGGAGCAGAUUGCUGAGUUCAAGGAGGCCUUCUCCUUAUUCGACAAGGACGGCGAUGGCACCAUCACGACGAAAGAGCUGGGCACCGUCAUGAGGUCACUGGGUCAGAACCCAACAGAGGCAGAGUUGCAGGACAUGAUCAACGAGGUGGACGCAGAUGGUAACGGAACAAUUGACUUUCCUGAAUUCUUGACCAUGAUGGCCAGGAAAAUGAAAGACACAGACAGUGAAGAGGAGAUUCGUGAGGCCUUCCGGGUGUUUGACAAGGAUGGUAAUGGUUACAUCAGUGCAGCCGAAUUGCGUCACGUCAUGACAAACCUAGGAGAAAAAUUAACAGACGAAGAAGUAGACGAAAUGAUCAGAGAAGCAGAUAUUGACGGAGAUGGCCAAGUCAAUUAUGAAGAAUUUGUACAAAUGAUGACUGCAAAAUGAAGCCCUCCUGGCCUUCCCCUGUCCCUCUUAGAAGAAAAAUCAGUUGAAUCUUUUACUUACCUCUUGCAAAAAUGUUCAUUUAUUCAUACUGUUUCUGUAUAGAAAACAUUGAAUGUUGGGGGAAAAAAAAUCUUCUCUCCGAAAAAAAAAAAAAAAAAAACUGCAUGUAAUGGUUGGUGGUCUUGUCCCCAGAAAUCAGUACAGCAUCAAAUACAAAUUUCUAUACUACCUUAACAAAAACAACGAUUUAAAAAAGCACUUGGUGAACUCUGCAGUUCAAUAUGCUAGGAAUACUGUUUGGGCUGGCCAUUUUUUUCAUGCAUGCAGCUUGAGAGUUGAGCACAGUCCUGAUGUUUUAAAACAUGUGCUAAUUCCACUCAAUGUUGUAUUGUGGGUAUAGUACAAGUUGUAUUUGGUUUACCUGAGAAUGAAAUGCAAACAGAAAAGAAAAGGCUGUAAUGAUAUUGUCAAUAUUCCAGAAGUGGAAUGGGAAUUUUCAGGGUGCGCAAAACAAUAAAGAGAAAUAAUAAAAGAACAAUAUGGAUGGCAUGUCGGUAUUUCAAAAUUGUUAACAUGUUCUGCAGUGCACUGUAGUGAAAAGAGGUGUCCGGCUGUGAACAUUCACUAAAUUUUAUAAAGUAAUCCUCAGCAAGGGAACAUGUUAGAAUUGGACUUUUUUGGUUUUGUUUUGUUUCUGUUCUCAACUAUGACAUGGACGUGUCAAACGAUACUGUAUAUCUACAGUACAUAGGAUUUCAGCACAGCAAUCUACUAGGCUGUUCAUCUAAUUGCAGUUUACAUUCAUUCCAAGUUGUACAUGCUAGUCUUAUUUUUUUUCCAAUAAAAGACCAUUAACUUUAAAAAA